AACACCACACAACACAAACAUUGUAACAAUCUCUUAUCAACCAAAACCACAAUGUCUUCUGUUCCUUUCCUAUUUCCUCAAACUCAUUCAACUGUUCUUCCAAACCCUUCAAAUUUCUUCUCACAAAACUUACUAUCCACACCCCUCCCUACUAACUCUUUCUUCCAAAACUUUGUUCUCAAAAAUGGUGACCAACCUGAAUACAUUCACCCUUAUCUCAUCAAAUCCUCAAACUUUUCACUUUCUGUUUCACACCCUUUUCUCCUAUUUUCAACAGCAAUGUUGUACCAAGUUUUCUCACCAGAUCUCACUAUUUCAUCCUCACAAAAAUCUCACACAAACUCACCAAAAAAUAAGCAUUUUAUCUCAUCCUAUAGUGAUCUUGGCGUGACUCUUGAUAUUCCAUCUUCAAAUCUAAGAUUCUUUCUUGUUAGAGGAAGUCCUUUUGUAACUGCUUCUGUUACAAAACCAACACCUCUUUCAAUCACAACAUUGCAUAACAUAGUUUCUUUGUCUUGUUUUGAUAACAAAAAAACCAAAUAUACACUUUUGCUCAACAAUACUCAGAAAUGGAUUAUAUACACUUCUUCACCAAUCAAUUUAAACCAUGAUGGUUCCGAGGUGAAAUCCGAUCCAUUUUCGGGGAUAAUUCGUAUCGCGGUUGUUCCUGAUUCGAAUUACGAGAAAAUUCUUGAUAAAUUCAGCUCUUGUUACCCUGUUUCUGGCUAUGCAAACAUUCAGAAGAAAUUUGGUUUGGUUUAUAAAUGGCAAAGGAAAAAUUCAGGUGAUUUACUUAUGCUAGCACACCCUCUUCAUGUUAAGCUUUUAUCAAAAAGUAACAAUCAUGGUGUUACUGUUUUGAAUGAUUUUAAGUAUAGAAGUGUUGAUGGUGAUCUUGUUGGUGUUGUUGGAAAUUCAUGGAAUUUGAAAACUGAUUCUAUUGAUGUAACAUGGCAUUCUAGUAAAGGUGUUACAAAAGAAUCACAUGAUGAAAUUGUUUCAGCACUUGUUAAAGAUGUGAAGAAAUUGAAUAUUUCAGCAAUAGAAACAAAUUCAUCUUAUUUUUAUGGUAAGAUUGUUGGAAGAGCUGCAAGAUUUGCUUUGAUAGCUGAAGAAAUUUCUUAUUUUAAAGUGAUUCCAAUUAUUAAGAAUUUUUUGAAGAAAACUAUUGAGCCAUGGUUAGAUGGUAAUUUCAAAGGGAAUGGUUUUUUUUAUGAAAAAAGUUGGGGUGGAUUAGUUACUCAACAAGGGAUUAAUGAUUCAAGUGCUGAUUUUGGUUUUGGAGUUUAUAAUGAUCAUCAUUAUCAUUUAGGAUAUUUUCUUUAUGGAAUUGGGGUUCUUGCAAAAAUUGAUCCUUUAUGGGGACAAAAGUAUAAACCAAUAGUUUAUUCACUUUUGAAAGAUUUUAUGAACUUGGGCAAAAGAGAUAACAAAAAUUAUCCAACUUUAAGGUGUUUUGAUCCAUACAAGUUACAUUCUUGGGCUUCCGGGGUGACUGAAUUUGAAAAUGGAAGGAAUCAAGAAAGUUCGAGCGAAGCUGUGAAUGCUUAUUAUUCGGCCGCAUUAGUAGGUCUAGCUUACAACGACAAAAAUCUUGUUGCUACCGGAUCUACGCUUUUAGCAUUGGAAAUUAAUGCCGUGCAAACUUGGUGGCAUGUGAAAGCCGAAAGUAAUUUGUAUGGUGAAGAUUUUGCGAAAGAAAAUAGGAUUGUUGGUAUUUUGUGGGCGAAUAAAAGGGAUAGUAAACUAUGGUGGGCACCAUCCGAGUGUCGAGAGUGUAGGCUUAGUAUACAAGUUUUACCUUUGUUGCCUAUUACCGAGACUUUGUUCAAUGACGGUGUUUAUGCUAAGGAGCUUGUGGAGUGGACAUUGCCAUCUUUGAAGAAUAAGACUAAUGUUGAAGGAUGGAAAGGGUUUACCUAUGCUUUGCAAGGUGUUUAUGAUAAGAAAAAUGCAUUGAAGAAAAUUAGGUUGUUGAAAGGUUUUGAUGAUGGAAACUCUUUUAGUAAUCUAUUGUGGUGGAUUCAUAGUAGGUGAAGAUUUGAUGUACAAGAUCAAUUGUGCAAAAUUUAGUAAUCAAUAAAAGAUUUGCAAUUUGAUGUUUUUCAA